AUGGCGCAGCUCCCUAAGCUCGCCGUCUUCGAUCUGGAUUACACGCUCUGGCCGUUCUGGGUGGACACGCACGUAAACCCCCCAUUCCACAAGAGCAGUGAUGGAUGUGUGCGAGACAGUCAGGGCAGGACCAUCCGACUGUACCCAGAGGUGCCCGAGGUCCUGGAUCGAUUUCGAGGCCUUGGGGUACCCAUUGCAGCUGCUUCACGGACGGGUGAAAUUGAAGGGGCCAACCAGCUACUGGAGCUCUUUGACCUCGCCAGAUACUUUGUUCAAAGGGAAAUCUAUCCAGGCAGCAAGGUCACACACUUUGAGAGGCUGCAGAAGAAGACUGGAGUUCCUUUCUCCCAGAUGAUCUUCUUCGAUGAUGAGAAGCGGAAUAUUGUAGAUGUCAGCAAACUGGGUGUUACCUGUAUUCAUGUUCAUAAUGGAAUGAGUCUUCAAAUCCUAACUCAGGGAUUAGAGACAUUUGCAAAAGCCCAUGCAGGACCCUGA